CAAGGAAGUGUUAUCAACCUAGAGAUUCAAGUAAAAAUGGAGUUUUUCAGAGAACUUAGAGAGCUUCGAGGUAACCAGGAAAGGGAAGAGGAAGAGGGUGUUGUGUUUGUGGAACCAAUCGUGAUGAUAGUACCAUUGGUGUUGCAGGAUUUGUCGGAGUCUAUCACACCAAAAAGCAGCUCGAGUUGGAGCGCUGCUGGUGGUUUUGGUAGUCGUCACUCUUUGUCUUCUAGAAGUUCAUCUUUAGAAGUGACACCAAGUGAUGGUGAGGAUGGAAGAAUAGGCAAUGGCACUCUCGUGAUGACAAGUAUGGAGGAGAGUGUACCAGUGAUGGGUGCAUGGGAGAAUACGCCUAUUACUGGAAAAUUAAAUAAUAUUGAUGAGAUGCCACAAGAUUUGCCUAUCGAAUUUAGAUUUAGAGCAGUGCUCCACCAUGAGGUAGCUAAUGGGAUGGCUAUCAUGAAAGGGUUUAAAAAAUUGGGGGAAAUUGUGAAAUGGUUUUAGAUCCCCAAGAUAGUGUUGCUUCAGGCUGAGACUAAGAACGAAUGGAUGUACUCAGUGUCAAGGAUCGGAUGGGUACUAAUAUACCUAGAUUAUUUUG